GGCCCCUCCUCAGGUGCGGCCCCGCCCGGCCGGGCCCGGAAGCGCCGGGCGGCGCAGCGGGGCCAUGGCGGGGCCGCGGCUGCCGCUCCUCCUGCUGCUCCUUCUCCUCCUUCUCCGGCCGCCCGCCGCCGCGGCCCUGCGGCUGCUGCUGGACGCCUCGCCGCCCUUCACCUGCUCGCAGCCGGACUUAAACUGUCUCGUAAGAAAUAGCACUUGCAUGGAGUCGAGCUGGCUGCAGGUUCCUGCCUGGACUCCCUCUGCUCCAAGCAGUCUCCAUGUUUCUUCAGAUGUUUUCCGUCAGGAGGAUGGAAAGCUCUUCCCUGUGCUUCAGAUAGAGUGGAAAGUGGCCACAGAUGCCAGCAUCCGCUGCCUGGAGGGAGCAGAGCUCGCUGUGAUGCAGGUGAACAGCAACCAGCAGAUCUGUGCCCAGUUUGACUUCCAGAACAAUCUGCCUCUGCAGGUCCGUCCCGACGGAGGCCGGUGGAAUUUCACAUUUGACCGUUUUGAAGUAGAACCUGGCCAGACUUACCAAGUGACUGUGUACCACCUGCCCAAGCUGGGCGUGAAUGGAGACUACAACUGCAAAUCCACAUCCCUCACAAUGCCUGACUGCGGGGAUUCUCUGAUGAAAAGAACCAUCCCAUGUAUAAAGACAGGCAGCUUGUGGGAGCCCAGGAUCCGGGGUGAGAGUCUGGAUGACACAACUCUGCUCGUGAGCUUCAACCCGUGGCUGGAGCCAGCCCGGUACCAGAUCCACGUGGCCAGUUACCUGAGUGAGAAGAGGUGUAAAACCAUCACCCACGACUUCACAGAGGAUGGACUACAACAGCGAGUGAAUGUCACAAUCAAAAUAGAGAAGAACAUAAAAGCUUGCUGCAAAUACAAAAUACAGAUUCAGCCAUUCUUUGCAGACUGUGGCACAGACUGUCUGAGACACUCUGCUUCCGUCCCAUGUGAACCAGUUCCAAGUAUAGAACCAUCGGAUGAUAUGAUGAUAUGGCUCUACUGGUGCAUCACUGGGAUCUGUGUGUUACUGGUGGGCUCAGUCAUAACAGCCGUGCUGUGUAUGACCAAAAAACAAGCAGGACGCCGGCGAGGGAAGUGCAACCACAACGGUUUGCAAGCUGCUGCGCCCGCCGCGCUGUCGCUGCCGCCGCUGCGGCCACGGAAGGUUUGGGUCGUGUACUCUGCUGAUCACCUGCUCUAUGUGGACGUGGUGCUGAGGUUUGCAGAGUUCCUGAUGACGGUCUGCGGCACCGCCGUGGCCCUGGACCUGCUGGAGGACCACCACAUCUCCGAGCUGGGGCCCUUACCCUGGCUCACGCGGCAGAAGAAGGAGAUGGAGGAGCUGUCCUCAAAGAUCAUCAUCCUGUGCUCGCGGGGCACCCAGGCCAAGUGGCAGGCCAUGCUGGGCAGUGAGCCCGUGUGUCUCAAGCAGGAUCAGCAAAAGCCAGUGGGAGACCUGUUCACCCCAGCCUUGAACCUCAUCCUGCCAGAUUUCAAGAGGCCAGCCUGCUUUGGGAUGUACAUAGUCUGCUACUUCGAGGGAAUCAGCAGUGAGAGGGAUAUACCUGAUCUGUUCAAUGUCACGGCCAGGUACCAACUGAUGGACAAGUUUGAGGAUAUUUAUUUUCGGAUUCAGGAUCUGGAGAAGUUUGAGCCUGGGCGGAUCCAUCGAAUCCAGGAAAUCACAGCUGAAAAUUACAUCGAGACCCCCAGUGGGAGGAAGUUGAAAGAGGCCAUAGAGAAGUUCAAGAGCUGGCAGACUGAGCACCCAGACUGGUUUGAGAGUGAAACCGUCUGCUUGGAUAGUGAUGAGGAGCUGCAUUCCCUGAACAGAGACAGCCAGGUGCCUUCACUGCAGAGUGAGCCUGGUGGAAUUGUGAAACACCAGCUGCACCUACGUGAGCCUGACCCCGGCUGCUGUUACACCAUCAACCUCCACAUGCAUGAAGGUGAAAGCACAGGCUGCAAGCUGCAGCCUCAGCUGAAUCCCUGCGGGGAUCCAAACUCCCAGACUGUGGUCCUUCCUGUGGAUGUUCCUCGGAUCCAGGUGGUGGAGCCAGUGUCUUCCAUGGAAGAUGGAAAUCUUGCACGUGGUAUCCUCAGUCACCACGUGCUGAGCAAUGAGGACGGGAUGGAAGGAGUUCCUCUUCUGGAGACGAGCUUUCCAAUGAGGAAUAACGUCAUCCUCCACCACGGCUCUGAAGUUUCAGUAGCUGAGCAGAGUCCUGCAAGCUUCUCAGAUGACCUGAGUGAGCAUCUGGAUGGACUCCUGCGCCCUCUGUGCCAGCAGAGUGUCAUUCCUGCAGAGCCGUGUCUCUGCCAGGGGGAGGCUGACAGGCAGCCCCAGCUGCUCUUCGAUGACCAAUGCAAAGACCAGAGACAGUCGGUGCAGUCAGACCAGGGCUACAUCUCCAGGUGCUCCCCUCUGCCUCCUGAGGACCUUCUAGAGGAGGAAGAGGAGGAGGAGGAGGAUCAGGAACAACAGGUGGGCUUCCACGAGCUGUCUCCAGAGGUCCUGAACAGCCUGAAGAGCCUCCAGAAGCAGCUGUUUUUCCAGGACAUUCAGAGGAGCUCCAGCUGGAGCUAUCCAGCAGAGGUGAUGGACACUGACCACUCUUUGGAGGACUGCUAGGCUCUGCCUGGGAGCUGCUGUGUUUGAAACACAGGGGUGGAAGGUGGUCCCAUGCAGAGCAGUACUGAGACUGCAUUUCCAGCACUGUCCUUGUCCCUGUAUGGUAAAUGGCUUUGUGCUGGGGUCUUCCUGUGUGCUGCUGGCCUGCAGCACUGCCCAGCAGAUGUGGAAUGUUGCUUCCAGUCUCUGUGGAGACAACCCACGAGUAUUGGCCACCCCUGUGAGAGAACAGGCAGUGCUUCUGUUCCUUGGGGAAAGGCAUUACACUGAAUCCUCACUGAUGGAUGGCAGAAAAAUUACUGUGGCUCAUCCACUCGUGCCUUCAAAAUGCCCUCCAGCUGUGCUGAUGCUAUUGCACUGGAUAAAAAUCACAGGCAUGGUUUAGAAAAUAGCUUUAGAUAACAUGGUAACAUUUGCAUUGCCAUUUUCAUACUCAUUUUAAACAUUUCCUUGUAAAUACUGUAUUAAAGAUGUGUGCCUUAAAUUUCAGCUAGAUUAGGGCUGUCUCUACCUGGUUCAAUGUGCCUGGAGAAUUUUUUCCCCCCACUCAUCAUUCAUUUGCAGCUGUGUUUCCAUGGUCAUUCAGAAAUCAAGUAGAAUAGCUCAGAAUAAGUGGGAUUAACGUUUUAAUUAAGAGUCUCCAUAACCUUUCCUGCCUUUCUGCUGGAAGGCAUGUGCCAGCAACAGCAGGGAGGGAGGGGGAAGAGGAGACCAAAAAAUGGAAUUUGUGUGGUUUUUACAGUUUUAAAAAACGUGGGGCUGAAUACAGAAUCACAGAAUCAAGGGAGUCUGGUGUAUUCUGACACACUGCUGCAGUGCUGUUUGCUUUUGGAUAUCUUAGCACCAGAAGGAUGUGAGCUGAAGAUAUAGAUAGUGACACACAAGGAAAUGAAAGACUAUUUUGGAGGAGACAAAAGUGUAGCCUCAGCAGCUGCUGUUUCAGAGUGGAAAUUAUAUCUGAGUUGAGGGAGGCUGAGCAAAAACGACUGUAAGAUGUUCUUGUGUGGGUUUGAGCUCAAGCACAGGUAGUUGAGGUUAAGCACAGUGGAACACUGAACAGACUAAGGGGUUCAUCUUCCAGGAGCAGUGGUGGUGAGAUUGGCAUUUUUCCUAUUUUUAUCAGCCUGUUUCUGCAGCCCACUGGAUGUAAAUACCUGUGAGAUGUAAAUACAGCCAGGCCUUUCUCCUUUGUCAUCUUCCCGUCCAUCUAAGUUUACUUGUCAAAAAAUCUUUUAUCUCAGCUUUUUUAAAAAUCUAAUGUCUCAGAAAAGAAUCUGUUCUUUUGAAUUGCAAUUUAUUUUGUAUUGUGUGUAUUUUAUAAUUUUGUGUCUAAUCUGUGGGGUUUCUUCCUUAAAUUAAAAACCAAGAAUAUUUUUUGGAUAUAUUUACUUAAA